CGGUGCCAGCCUCCAGCGGCGGUGCCAGCAGUUCCAGCCCGUUGCUUUACUUUUUAGCUUCACCAACGUAGUCAUUAUGCCGAAGAGAAAGUCUCCAGAGAAUCCAGAGGGCAAGGAUGGAUCCAAAGUAACUAAACAGGAGCCCACCAGACGGUCUGCCAGGUUGUCAGCGAAACCCGCUCCCCCAAAACCUGAACCUAAACCAAGAAAAACAUCUGCUAAGAGAGAACUGGCAACAAAGGUUAACAAAGGUGCUAAAGGGAAGAAGGAGGAAAAGCAAGAAGCUGGAAAGGAAGGUACUGCACCAUCUGAAAAUGGUGACACUAGAGCUGAAGAGAUCCACAUCUCUCGCUCAACUGUUAAUGUCUCAGCCUCCAGAGGUACCCCACCCAGCACACUGUCAGUAAAGGGGCAGAUUGAAACAGUGAGAGCACAGAAAACUGAAUCUGUAAACGAGGGAGAAUGAAUUGUCAUGAAAAUUGGGGUUGAUUUUAUGUACCUCUUGGGACAACUUUUAAAAGCUAUUUUUACCGAGUAUUUUGUAAAUGCUAAUUUUUUAGGACUCUACUAGUUGGCAUACAAAAAUAUAUAAGGAUGGACAUUUUACCUUCUCGUAGUCCUGCUUUUUGGAAAUUCCCAUCAUCCUUGAGUAAAAUAAAUACCAAUCUAAUAUUGGAAGCUGUCUGUAACAUUGAUUCAGCAUUCCAUGCACUUGCUUUAAAAAUUUAGUCCUGUGCAUACUGUGGUGUUUUUACUGUGCGUAUUUGAAUUUUUUCAUGCAGUUUUUCUAGAGCAAUAAUCAGUGGUGCUUUUGUACCUAGGUUUUAUGUGAUUUUAAUGAAACAUGGAUAGUUGUGGCCACCUGCUGACUAUUUGUGGUUUAAAAUAAAAGGUUUUCCUGCCUGCAAAA